GGGCGGUUGCUAUGGGUAGGGUCUCUGCUUGCCCUCCCGUUGACCAAGCACCCAACUGCUGUUGAUGACAGAAGUGCAUUUCUUGAUUUAGUUUCAUUUCAAAGGAAUUCAACUUUUCACAUCCUGUUACAUUCCACAACAAAAAACAGAGGAAAAAACUGCGAUUCAAAACUGAAAACAGAAGAAUGAAAAUAAGAGAUAAAAGACUAAUACAGAAGUACUACUUAAAUGUCUUCAAUGGAAUUUUCUUGGCUCUGGGUCUUAUGCUUUUGACAUUUGGCCUGUGGCUUUUAUUUGACAGAAACAAUUUAUUCAGUGAGUUAUUUUCUUCAGGCAAGAACCAGCUAGUGGCAUAUAUUUCUUGUAUAUUACUUGGAAUUGGAUCUGUUAUUACUUUUACUUCAGCCGUGGGAUUCCUUGGAAAUGUUAUGGAAAACAAAUGUCUACUAGUUACAUAUAUUAGUUUUCAAAUCCUGGUGUUUGUUACCCAGAUGGCAGUAUCAGUGCUGAUAUUCAUGAAGAAAGAAGAGGUCCACAAUCAGUGGAACAACAGAAUUGAUGAAGUUAUUUCUGAGUACGGGAAUGAGAGUCUGGCUGAGCAGGAACCUCUGUGGAACAUUCUGAAUGCUGUGCAGCACAACAUGGAAUGCUGUGGAAGAUACAAUGUCACACAGUGGGAAAGGAAUAAAAACAAGGAAAACAGUACUCAAAUCCCAUGUUCAUGCACAAAAUCCAGUCUGAAGAAAUGGUUUUGUGAUGUCCCGAGGGAUUCAACAUACAGUAUGGGGUGUGAAGAAUAUUUAAAUACAUGGUUUGAAAACAAUGUUUUGAUCUUAACUGCAAUUACUAUCAGCCUGCUAAUUACACAGAUAUUUUUGAUCACACUAACUGGUCAGCUAUGUAGAGACAUCAGCAAGAAUAAUAUUUGGCCAAAUGAAUUAUGAACUCUUCCGAGCAUUGCUGUGGUCCAAGAAUUAUCUGAUCCAUGCCUGUAACAGUCAACGAUAUUACUUCCACUAAAAUUUGGGUCGGGCUCAAUGUAUUGUAAUCACUAGGAUAUUAACAUUUGGGCUUUAAUAUGUUUGUUUGUUGUUCAUGGCUAUGGAUAUGAUAGUAUGCUACAAAAUUAUGUGUGUUAAAGUCUGAAGUACUAUGCCAUUUACUAGCUGGCUAAUAAAACUUCCUGGUAAGCUGAA